AUGGAGGACAUUUCUGUGGCUGAGGAGACAGAGCCCUUGCCUGAUGCCUCUCAGAAAACUCCACCCGAGCUGGGUGAAGGCCUUGAGCUUCAACAGCCUGGGGACUCAGAGGACAGGAGGCCCUCUACUCCUAUCCGAGAGCCUUCCACCUCCACCACUCCUUCUGUAUGCCCCCUCAUCCAUCCCCAACUGCCCUGUGCCCAGGUAUCUGCUGUAUCCGCCCUGCAGUCAAAGGUUAAGGCCCUUUCUGAGCGCAAAGAGCGAGCAAGGAGAGAGCCUACCAAGAGGGUUCAGGAGAAAAAAGUGGCAACCGUGCCAUACGGGUUAGGAUCUCCACUCACAGGGGCCUGGACAUCCAGCAGCAGUGAUGAAGAGGUGGAGCCUCACACUAGGUUACUCUCUUUCCCCCCUGGAGAUCCUGAGACUCACAUGGAUCUUAAUGGAAUCUCAUUCCCAGCAAUACCGGCUUUACCAAGGGUACAUGGAGAUGGAGACAGUCCAGAGAACCUAUCAGAUGAUGUCUGCAGCGUGCAGGGGGACUCUACUUGCCAUAAACAGUGGAUUCCUCCCAAGGGCCUCUGGAAAACUGCCAGGCCGGAGACCCUUAUGUUAAAUGCAGAUGCUCCUCCAGUGCGAGAUUUCUCCUCUGCAGGAACUGUCCCAGGGGGAAGAGGGAUGGUUCCCGCAACGCGACGGGAACUCCAGAGGUCUGACAGCCUGGAGAUUCACCUGCUCAGGUACAUGCGAAAUGAGGCUGACUCAAUGAGCCCAGAGGCACAGAUGGGUCUGUUGUGGCGGGCUGACAGCCUGGAGAGCGUGUGCAGCAGCACCAGCAGCUCCAUGUCUCUGGCCGAGAGAGUAGAGAUGAACCGGACCCUCUUGAGGCAAAUGCUCCAGAAGGCCCAAAAGAAGGAUUGCCAGGGAGGCCUGAUCUCAGGGCACAGGUCAGAAAACCCACAGCAAGGCAGCACCAAAGGUUUGCGCCCCGUGAAUGACAGUGAAGGAGACUCCGGAAUCUCUCUCCAAGACAGUGAACACAACCCCAAGGCCUUUGUGUCCGGCGACGACCUGCCGCUCAGUCCGCGCCAUGAGCAGGCCAAGCGACUACUAGAACGAGCGCGUAUGAAGGCCCGUGCCUAUCCGCUGAAGGCUGACCACACCAUCCUACCCGUCCAGAGGGACAACCCGGAGUUGCUGUCUAGGGUUGGUGCACCCUUGCGCUGGGCUCCUCUUGCGGGGAAGGAGGGGGUGGUGGCGGUUUCAGGGAGUCUGAGUGACUCCUCUAGUGGGGAAUCUGUGUGUAGUGCCCGUCGGCGGUACGGUCAGUCACCCACGCGUGUGCGUUUUGAGGACGAGUCAGAGAAAGAUGCAGAGGUGCGCUACCUGGAACGUCUUCGCCAACGUCGACGUGCCGGUGAGCGAGCCCAGGGCCUACUGGUGUCCAAGCCCAACAUAUCCUCUUACGUCAACGGCCGCUCCGAGACGGGACGUUCAGGAGAACACGGCCGUGGUCCAGAAGACCCUGCUCUGUGGAUUAAGAAAGCUAGAAAAUCCCAGGAGAAUUUGUCAAAUGGUAAUGCCCAUUACAAAACGAUCCCCCAAGAAGCUGUCAGUCAGAAGUGCAAUUCCUGUGGAACCCUCUUGGACGGAGUUUCUUCGACAUCCAACUUGAGUCCUGCUCCAAACCCUCUACCUCUCCAUUCAAUCUCUGUUAACGGAGGGAACGAGGGAAAGACGAUCCCAUGUUGGGUGACCCCCACCCUACCCAACCGUAUGGUCCGUAUUGAACAAAUUAAAGAGACUUACAUUGGGGCAGUGAACCCUGUCAAUGGGCUGGACAGUGAUGGACAGUAUAAUAAUAUGGCAGAUGAUGGGAGCAAUGGGGGCACGUUAACAAAGCAGAAGAGGAGGGGACGAAGUGUAGAGAGGAUGAUAGAAGCAGGGGACUCAGGCACAAGUCGGGUUGCGGCUCAAGGUCCGUUAGAAAAUGUUAGGCCGGUGCCAAAUGGAGCAGAAGUUCAUUUGUCAAACGGAACCACAAUGCUACUGCCCAACCCAUACGCCACGGAGCAAUCUGGGCAAAGGGUGCCGGCCGGUCAUACAUCUGUCUACCCAUCCACCGAACCUCCCGCAGUACCUCCUUCUCAAGAUGACACUCCAACCCCUCCUCUUCUUCAGAGUAUCCCCCAACCACCUUCGCAGCCAAAGAAAUCAGCUCUCAAGUCAGGCUCCAAGAGCCGAGCGAACUGCCAGCGAGUGGUCAAACUCAUGCCUUCACCACAGUACCGCCUUGUGCUUCUGGACUCUCCAGAGGAGGGGGGCACUUUGGAGACCAGGACUCCGGAGCAGCUCUCCUCUGGGGUGGGCGGUUCAGCUCUAGUGGGGUCCUGUCCAUCUUUAGGAAUUUCCUCCAGCUCCGGUUCCAGGGGAUCUCCCCUCAAACAUAGCGCGACCCAUGGUUCACCUGCUUACGCCGCUACAGAGAAUGGGGAGCCUGCGUCUCAAACAGCAGUUACGGAACAGCACCAAGGCACAGGCGAAUUUCGACCCGAUCUAACUGCUGGUAGCGUGUCUACUUACUGCCGUGUCACUGAUGGACAGGCCAGGGCACCAAUGAGGGCAGAACAUCAAAGGGAGGACAGUCCCAGCCCCUCACAUAGGGCACUCACAGAUGCGGACCACCGGGAGGGGAGACCCAAGCUGUCCCUGCGACGGUUCUUUUCUGCAAUGGGAUUAAACAGCGCGGGGAAGUUGGGCAAGGGCCGAUCUAGCAGCAUGGAUCAGCUCAACAUACAGACUAAAUCCAGCACUGCCUCUCCCAGCCCCGCUCACAGACAGCAGAACCAGCUAAAGAAAGCCCCCUCACUGCAGUCCCUUCGCCUGGGGUCUCCCUUUCUCCAGUUGAGGAAGUCUUCAUCAGUGCAGAGCCUCCAGUCUCCCAAGAGAAAGGGAGACCGCUCCACUGCAUACACACCAGGAGAACAGCCUUGCAGCCCUGCGCUGGCUAGAGGGCUCCAACGUACCCUCAGUGUGGAGGAUGUGGGCUCCCCCAGUGCAGUGCGGUCAGUGGGGAGAGUGGCCCAGGCCUUUUCUGAUGGAACUCUACUGCUGGAGCUGAAUCGACCCCCCAACGGGCCUUUCGGCUUUCUCAUAUCCCGUGGCAAAGGCAGACGAGAUUCAGGUGUGUAUGUGGAGGAGAUGGGAGACAGCAGCACUCAGAAGCUGUAUGCUGGAUUACUGGGAGUAGGAGAUGAGAUACUAGAGGUCAAUGGGGAGAAGGUAGCAGGACUGAGUCUGGAACUUGUGACCCAGCUGAUGACCCAGAACAGUACCGCAUCUAUCCGUGUUCUCCGCCACAGACCUCUCCAGCGCUAA